AACGUAACAAAAUGUGGAAAAAGUCAAGGGGUCUGAAUACUUUCCGAAGGCACUGUAUACGACUCUGUUUAGUUUGCUAUUUACCUGCGCCUUAUGAUAAUCUACUACUACUGCUACUACUUCAUGAAAGAAGAUAGGGUGGGACAACGUGAACUUGUCCAAUAAGAAACUUGUUCGCAACGGUGUACCACUAAUGAAUACACCACUGAUGCCAACUAGCUGUAGCUCACAAAAGGCACAUAGACAGGCAUUGUAAUCUGUCAUAUUUCUGAGCUGAACAGACAUAAAUAAAAUAAAAAUAGUAUGGCUAAUUUAAAUGUGUGCAUUAAAGCCAUACAAUAAAACUGCACUGCAUUGUUGUGUAAGAUCAGAUCGUCCUUAAUUUUUGCUUGAUUUCUCAGAUUCCACUCUGUAAAACACCGGUGCUAUUUCAAUACUCAUUUAAAAACACUUCUAAAAACAGCCAGGCAGGCUAAUAUUACAGAAGUUAGAGAAGCUUUAAAACUGUAGCAACCAAAUGACUCCUUAUUUAUUGAAGUAUCAUCAACCAAUCCUUAUGUAAAAUUUUUUUUUACUAAUUAUUACAAUCCUUGGGUGAUAUAAUAACUAAUUAUUACAAUCCUUGGGUGAUAUAUGAGGGGAGCACGCCAUGCUCCCCUCACAGCGGGGUAAAUAGUUUGCUUUGUGAAGCCUCAAAUGCUUCCUGUUGAACUGGCAACAUUUGUGUUUCUUUCUUUGGCAAAAAGUAGAAGUAUUUUAAGUUGUGUUAUAAAUAUGGUCUUAAAUAUGAAUGGAAGGUUCCCCUAUUAAAAUAUUGUAUUUUUUUUUUUUUAAAGACUACCACUAAUCCCAAUGUCGGGAAUAAAAAACUAGACUAAAAUGUGUGCUUUUGAUUUACUUAUUUAAAUGUGAAAUGAAUCUUUAAUGUUUUUUUUUGCUGCAAAUUCAAUUGACAGUAAUGUUUAAUUUAUUUUUAUGGUAAGCCAACUUUGCCAAAUGUGAUAUCAUUAAAAAGUGCAGUGUAUGGUUCAAGUGACGAAUUAUAUCGGCGUAUUAUUUGGGAGGCAAAUGUGUCAAAGUUGGCUAAUUGUCUUGAAUGGGUCAGCUGGCGUGUGAUGACGUUCUGAGAGGCGGAUCUAGGAUCUUGAAGCGGGCAGAAUCCAAGACUGUUCUCAGGGCAAGCCUGGUUGUAGUUAUUGUAGAUCUGUUCGAGUCGUCAGGGACAAAUUUGGCAUUUUAACUAMCCAUAAAAUGUUCCUAUUUCUAACCUGCAACGAAAAUGUACUUCUGUUAGUCAAAAUCGACAGACCUGCCCUGAGAGCAGUGUGAGUAGCCACUAAUGCGAUAUAUUGAUUCUCGUAAAAGUUAAUUAAAACAAAUGGCUUGUGUCUUCAUUUAAGGUUAGGCUAGCCCAAUUAUGUACUCUUACUUCGGGAUUUUGGCAAUGACGUCCUUUACUUCCCCAGUCAGAUUAACUCAUGGAUACCAUUUGUAUGUCUUUGCGUGCGGUUUGAAGGAAGUUGCUAACUWGUGUUAGCGCAAUGACUGAAAGUCUAUGGGUAUUUGAGACUUCGUCAUAGUGCUAACGCMAGUUAGCAUUGGCUCACGAAACUACCUCUAACUUCCUUCAUACUGGACAGGAAGUAGAUACAGGUCCAAUUACCGUAUGUUAUUUUAAGAUGUAGUCUGGCUCUGGCAGCCAAAUACUUUAUCGAAACAUUAAUCGAGUCUCAAUUGCGAUACUGUUAUAGAAACAAAGUCCUUUACUUUCAUAUCACAUCAAAAUAAUUUCACAAAUACAAAAUAUACACUUAGUGUUUUAACCAGCUUUAUCACAGUUGCAGCCGACAGUAUUUUUCAGUGACAACACGUUUCUGGCGGCCUUCCGUUACUACACACAGGUGUUUGGGAGCAUGCUAAUCAAGAUGAGGCSGUGUGGGAACCCGAUAAAGGCGGGGUUUACGACUGUGGUAACUAGUGACGACUGAAGGGGAGCGGAACAGGAAGCGACUAGGACUACACGGAGAAGGCACUGCUGCUAACGACAUCAACAGCAUUACGCUCGGGGAUAUCUCCCUUCUCCAUAACGUAGGUUAGAGACAGACAKAUUGCAUAUAUGAACUUGGAAACAUGUACAAUUUGGGGUAAUGAAGCGCACAAUAUCGGCUAAAGAUAAGUGCAACAAGUUGGUGAGGAAUCGCAAGCUAUCUUUCUGCUGUGUUUAGCUAACCAAGCUAGGUAGCGGCUCCAGGAAAAAUGAAGGAGGUGAAGGGUUGCGGWAUGCGGUCCUCUGUGGGCUUUCUGUCUCAGAGAAGACUUUUCGGGAACCCGCUGAUGAAGGAAGAAUUCCAGAGACUCCGGUUGGCAGGAUGCACAAGCCUUUACAAGAAGGAUAUGCUGGGACAUUUCGGGUGUGUAAACGCCAUAGAGUUUUCCAACAAUGGAGGGGAAUACCUGGUGUCCGGAGGGGAUGACCGCAGAGUGCUGCUGUGGGAUAUGGAGAGAGUCCUCCAUGCUCGCUCGGCCAAGCCUCUCAUACUGAAGGGAGAACACCUCUCCAACAUCUUCUGCCUGGCCUUCGACAGCACCAACAAGAGGGUGUUCUCUGGGGGUAACGACGAACAGGUCAUCCUUCAUGAUGUAGAGCAAGGUGAGACUCUGAACGUGUUCCUUCACGAUGAUGCAGUGUACGGCCUGUCAGUCAGUCCCGUUAACGACAACGUGUUCGCCAGCUCCUCUGACGACGGACGGGUCCUCAUCUGGGACACACGGCAGCCGCCACACGGAGAGCCCUUCUGUCUGGCCAACUACCCGUCAGCCUUCCACAGUGUGAUGUUCAACCCGGCCGAGCCCCGACUGCUGGCUACAGCCAACUCCAAGGAGGGCGUGGGGCUGUGGGACAUCCGCAAGCCUCGCACUUCUCUGCUACGGUACGGCGGCAGCACGUCCCUCCAGAGUGCYAUGUCGGUGCGUUUUAACAGCGCAGGGACCCAGCUCCUGGCACUGCGUCGCAGGCUACCCCCGGUCCUCUACGAGCUACACUCUCGCCUACCCAGCUUCCAGUUUGACAACCAGGGCUACUUCAACUCCUGUACCAUGAAGAGCUGCUGCUUCGCUGGAGACAAGGACCAGUACGUCUUGUCUGGAUCAGAUGACUUCAAUCUUUAUAUGUGGAGAAUCCCAAAGGAUCCUGAAGCUGGAGGCCCAGGYCGUGUGGUGAACGGAGCGUCCAUGAUCCUAAAGGGUCAUCGUUCCAUCGUGAACCAAGUCCGGUUCAACCCGAGCACCAAUAUGAUCUGCUCCUCCGGGGUCGAGAAGGUCAUCAAGGCGUGGAGCCCCUACCAGCAGACCGAGAGUCUGGGCGACCUGGAUGGUUGUGUGGAGAAUAAGUCCAGGAGUCUGUACAGCCACGAGGAGUACAUCAGCCUGGUGCUAAACAGCUGGCAGCGGCCUGAGCACGACUACGUCUCACAAUCCAUCCAGGAGGAUCCUCGUAUGAUGGCCUUCUUUGACUCUCUGGUGCGUCGGGAGAUCGAGGGCUGGAGUUCGGACUCAGACAGUGAAUUGAGUGAGGCCAUCCUGCAGCUCCAGGCCAGGGGGCGAGGCUCCACACGGGCUGGAAGAGACGGCGCCGGGGUCCUGGUUGGGGUUGGUGCUGCUUCGCCUGUACAUCCCGCUGCUGCUACGGGAGACUCGGACCGCUCCUCCUCAUCCUCAUUGGCUGCCUCGGGGGCGGAGCCGUUGCUGCCCAGGAGUCGUCAGCGACGUCACCAGUCUGCGUUCUUAUUGGACCUGGUGGGAGAGGACUCUGACUCCUCUGGGUUCUGGCUGGACCCCAUGCCCCGCCCCAGCCCCCGAGACAACUCCACCCUCUCCAGCCCCCCCUCCUCCCCCGCUGGGGCCUCCUCCAGCUCCUCCACCACCUCCUCCACCAGCUCUGAGGACGAGCAGCRCCGCAGGGUCAGCACCAGGCAACGCAACGCCGCACGGAGACGCCGCGUGCACUUCCCCUGCAGGCCCAGUGGAGGGCGCCCUGAGUCCGCCCAGGCCCUGUACCCCGGGGGGGCCGACUCCUGCUCCUACCCCAAGAUCUCCAUCGACGAGGCCUCAUCCUCCUCCGCWUCCUCCACGGAGCUGCAGCAGGACCAGGACUCGGUCCAGAUCGGACCCCAAAGGAGGAGCUCGAAAACGGGGAGAUGUGCCAGCAAUUCAGGCAGACUUGCCGGUUCCGGCCCUGCAGUGUCUCUGGACAGCCAGGACGACCGAGCGGAGCAGGAGGGGCUCCUCAUCACCUCCCUUCUGGCUCAGGACACUCUGCAGCAGAGGACAGAGUCCUGGGAGGGAGGGGGGACGGGGGCUGCUUUAGAGAGGAUGGCCAAGGGCUUGGAGAGUCCGGAGGAGGACAACAGUAGCUGGGUCUCCCCUUCCUCCAGACAUCACCACAGCCCUGACAUGAAUGGCCUGCGGCUCCCUGACCAGACUGAGAUGACUGCAGUGCCAGUAGACUCCAGGGACCGUCUGGCUCCAGACCUGUUUGCGUCCCCAGAUUCCAGGGGAGAGAGGGAGGCCUUGGCGGGGAAACAAACAGACACUAGGAACCAGGUGGAGGAWGAGAAGGAYGAGGAAGAGSCAGGGUUGUCUUCUCAGAGAGGCCAGGCCCCGGCCCAGGGGGCGCUAAAACGGACUCACCUGGGGUCAGGAGGUCAAGGGUCAGGGGAGGGGUUGGAGACCUCGCCCUCAGAGAAGAAGUUCAAGACAUGAUGAUGACGCCUGUUGUGGGAAGGUGAUCAUUUGGUGAAAGACUUGUCCCACAUUAGCCUAUUCCCCGUGGUUCUCAAACCUCUCCUCUCCUCUCUGGGACGUUGAACUACCUCACCAGAUUCACCUAGUCAAGGGCUUGAGGAUUAGUUGACUAGUUGAAUCAGGUCUGCUAGCUCUGGUGUAGAUUAAAUACAUGGAACAACUGAGGGUCCCAGAGGAGAGGUCUGAGUAACACUGGCCCAUGGAACAACUGAGGGUCCCAGAGGUCUGAGUAACACUGGCCCAUGGAACAACUGAGGGUCCCAGAGGUCUGAGUAACACUGGCCCAUGGAACAACUGAGGGGUCCCAGAGGUCUGAGUAACACUGGCCCAUGGAACAACUGAGGGUCCCAGAGGAGAGGUCUGAAAACC